AUGCUGCGUGUGUGUUUCCUUCUCUCCCCAGGGGUGUUCAUCACCAAAGGUGACGUGGGUGUGGGGACCAUCGUGGGCUCGGCCGUCUUCAACAUCCUCUGCAUCAUCGGUGUGUGCGGCUUCUUCGCCGGACAGGCAGUGAAGCUCUCUCACUGGGCUCUACUCCGAGAUUCGACUUAUUACACAUUUUCCAUCACGGCCCUCAUCGUGUUCAUAUACGAUGAGGAGGUUUGCUGGUGGGAGUCUCUUAUCCUGAUUCUCAUGUAUGCAAUCUACAUCCUCAUCAUGAAGUUUAACGGCAGGGCGCAUCGCUACUUCGACCGGCGAAAGAAAGGUUCUGUGAAUUUGUCCAAUGGGCUGACAGGAAGCACUGAUCUGGAGGAUAAUGUCACGUGUGACGCGACUGCAGUCCUGCUCAAGAAAGCUAACUUCCACUGUACGCCGUCGGUGCUGAUGGUGGAUGAGCUGCUGUGUGCGUACCCCCACCAGCUGUCUUUCUCUGAGGCCGGCAUGAGGAUCAUGAUCACCAGUCACUUCUCCCCCAGGACCCGCCUCACCAUGGCCUCUCGCAUGCUCAUCAACGAGAGACAAAGACUGAUCAACACCAGUGAGACUCGGGUCAACCGCAUCACCAACGGCGACUCCGACUCCGCCGCGAGGGCUCAGGGGAGGCGGGGCUUAGAAAACGGGAUGGGUGGAGCUGAGCAGGGUCUGAACGGCAGGUGUAGACUCCAGCGACUGGAGUCUGGGAACGAGACAGAGAACGAGAACGAGGAUAACGAGAACAACGAGAACGACGAGGAGGGAGAGGGGGAAGAUGGAGACUCCGGCCCCUCGGUGCCUUUCAAAAUUCCAGCCGGGGCGGGGAACAAGCUGAAGUGGAUCACCAUGUGGCCGCUGUCUCUGCUUCUGUUUUUCACCGUGCCCAAUUGUGCCAAGCGGCGCUGGGAGAGGUGGUUCAUGGUCUCCUUCUUCACCGCCACCAUCUGGAUCGCUGGCCUCUCCUACAUCAUGGUCUGGAUGGUGACUGUGAUAGGCUUCACUUUGGGCAUCCCAGAUGUGAUCAUGGGCAUCACGUUCCUAGCAGCAGGCACCAGCGUCCCAGACUGCAUGGCGAGUCUUAUAGUCGCACGGCAAGGUCUGGGGGACAUGGCCAUCUCCAACUCCAUCGGCAGUAAUGUGUUUGACAUCCUGGUGGGCCUGGGUCUGCCCUGGGCGGUGCAGACGCUCUGCAUCGACUACGGCUCCACCAUCCAUCUCAACAGCAGAGGACUCAUUUUCUCUGUCGGGCUCCUGCUGGCCUCAGUAUUCGUCACAACCUGCAGGUCUCCCUUGAAAAAGAGAUCAAUGAUAUCAAUGGGACCUACCCGGUUAAAUAAAGAGCUGCAGACGCUGAGAGGGACCCAGUCCUGUGGACAGGAAGUAAACAUGGCCUCCAGCUCGCCGCCUGGGAACCCCCCCAGCGGCCUCACAGACAGGAGCGGUAGCUUCUUUAAG